UCAACCCCGCGUCAUCACCGCCUCGAGCUUCGCAUAGCACAUGUCGCUGGAGUUCCAAUAGGGAUUAAGGGAAUCUUAGCAAUUUUCCUACCGUUCAAGAUGUCGCGUAGGGACGAUGACCUGGCGUACGGCGAUUACCAUGGCCAGGGCGAAGGACAGGAGGGAGACCGCGGCUUCGUUGGAGACAUGGGCCGGCGCUUCUUUGGAGGCAAGAAGGAGUCUUCGCAGCCUCAACAAGGCUCAUCUAAUUCUGGCGGCAUGUCCUUCCUCUUUGACAAGCUCCACAAGGAGGUUCACAAGAUCGGCGCCGAGCUCAAAGACUCCUUCUCAGGAAAGAACGAUGCACCUGCUCAGGCGCAGCAGCAGGGCGAGCCGCAACCCGGACAAGAAUACCACAACCAACACCGCUUCUUGAGCUUCGCUCCCGAGCGUCACGGCAAUGACAUCAAGUGGUACGUCGACGGAGCUUCGUACAUGCACGCCGUAUCGGUUGCAUUGGAACAGGCUCGUGAAUCGAUCUGGAUCUUGGAUUGGUGGCUGUCCCCAGAGCUCUACCUCAGGCGACCUCCGGCCAAGAACCAGCAGUACCGUGUCGACCGGAUGCUUCUGGCUGCUGCCGAGCGCGGUGUCAGAGUCAACGUUAUAGUCUACAAAGAAGUCACCCAGGCUUUGACGCUCUCGAGUGCUCACACAAAGCACCAUUUGGAGGAUCUCCACCAGAACAUCGGUGUCUUUAGGCACCCCGAUCACACACCCGAUGCCUCAGUUCUAUCUGGGCAGUUCUUUAACACCAUCAAGAACAUGAGCUUUUCGCCGGCGAAGAUUGCUCAGCUGCCUCUCGAUGGUCUCAAGAGCAUCUACGGUUCGACUGGCGAUACAGUCUUAUACUGGGCACAUCACGAAAAGCUUUGCUUGAUCGAUGGAAACAUUGCAUUCAUGGGUGGACUAGAUCUGUGCUACGGACGUUGGGAUACCAACUCCCAUCCGAUCGCGGAUGCACACCCUGGCAGUCUUGAUCGCAUCGUGUUCCCCGGCCAGGACUUUAACAACGCCCGUAUGCUAGACUUCGUCAGUGUCGACCACUGGGAGGAGAACAAGCUGGAUAGGACACAGAGCUCUCGCAUGGGCUGGUCUGAUGUAGCCCUCAAUUUGCGCGGUCCCGUUGUUCAGGAUCUUCGCACCCAUUUCACCCAGCGCUGGAACUUCAUUUACGACGAGAAGUACUCACACAAGUCAACAAGGUAUCUCAGACUUCCGGAUACAACAAGCGGCGCCCAACAGGGUGGCGAGUAUCCACCACCUCAGCAACGCGAGUUUGAGGAGGGCGAGGAAGGUUCUCGAGGAUUUGGCGGUGAUGGUGAGGAGGGCGAGCGAGGUCUGUUCGGCCGUGGCGGCGGUUUUCGGCAGAAGAUGUAUAACCGCGUUCAUGAGGAAUACGAGGAGCACUACGGCGGCGCACACGAACAGCAGCAGUAUCAGUCGCAUGCUGAACACGGUGCGCAGCGGGCCAACAUUGAUGCUCAGAUCACUCGCAGCUCUACUAAAUGGAGUCACAACAUCUCAACCGAGCACUCGAUCCAAAACGCCUACAUCGAGACCAUCAGGGACAGUCAGCACUUCGUCUACAUCGAGAACCAGUUCUUCAUCACAGCCACUGGGGACAAGCAACGUCCAAUUAAGAACCAGGUUGGUGCGGCUAUCGUUGAGCGUAUCAUUCGUGCUGCUCGCAACGGUGAGAAGUAUAAGAUGAUCGUGGUCAUUCCAGCUGUUCCAGCUUUUGCUGGUGACCUUAAGCUUGACGAGGCCUUGGGUACAAGAGCUAUCAUGGAAUUCCAGUACGACUCAAUCAAUCGUGGUGGACACUCUAUCUACGAGGAGAUCGCAAAGGCUGGCUUCAACCCGAUGGACUACAUCAGGUUUUACAACCUUCGCAGCUACGAUCGUAUCAACGCCAGCAAGGUUAUGCAGGAAGCUGAGCAGCGCUCGGGCGUAUCUUACGCACAGGCUAGUGAAGGUUUCGAUGCUGCCCACGAGGGCACACGAGACUAUCAAGCCUACCGUCCUCCGCCGACCGCCGAGUAUGGCGUCUACGAGAUGGAUGGCGGUGGUCGACCACCCCAGCAGCAGUACGAGAUGGACGCCGCACAGGAUGGAGGUGUGCCGAACGACGGCAGGCAGUCCGACUACAACCGCUACCAGCAAGAAGCGCAGAACAUUGGUGGCCGUCAAGGUCUCGGGGACGGACGUUGGGACUCAGUCUGCGAGUGCUACAUGCUCAAUGGCGAAGACAUCCGCAAUGUUCCUUGGGAAGGUGGUGCUGUCGAUGAGAUGGAUGCCUUCGUUAGCGAGGAGCUGUACAUCCACACCAAGCUGCUCAUUGCCGACGACACAACCGUUAUCUGUGGCUCCGCCAACUUGAACGACCGCUCACAGCUCGGCGACCACGACUCAGAAAUUGCAAUCAUCAUCCGCGAUCCCGACAUGGUCGACUCGUACAUGGACGGCCGCCCCUACCAAGUCUCGCGCUUCGCUUCCUCUCUGCGCCGCGAGAUCUUCCGCAAGCAUCUCGGCCUUCUGAAGCACCAGCCAGUCGACGGCGUCGACGACAACUGGCAGCCCGUUACCGUCCCGCAGCAGUACGACUGGGGCUCAGAGAUGGACAAUCAAGUCGCAGACCCGCUCUCCGACGACUUCCAAAACCUGUGGAAUUGGCGCGCAAACACCAACACACAGGCGUUCGGCAAGAUCUUCCACCCCGUACCCUCGGACGAGGUCCAGAACUGGAAGCAGUACGAUGAGUACUACAGCCGCUUCUUCGGGCAGAGCGAGCAGGACAAGGAGAACAAGAAGCCUAGCUUGUACAAGUGGGGCCACGUCGUGGCGGAGAACUUCAGCCAGGGCGAGCAGGGCGUGCACGAGGUCAAGGAGCUUCUUAGCACGAUCCGUGGCACUCUUGUUGAGAUGCCGUUGCUGUUCUUGAAGGAGGAGGAUAUCGCGAAGGAGGGUGUUGGGCUUAAUGCUCUCACUGAGGAGAUCUACACUUAAAUGAUGAAUGAUGGUAUAUAGAAGUUGAUUCCUAUUUGGUACACGAAUUAUCGAACAAAAGUACAGCAUGAAAGCCUCUAACG